AUGUUAAAGGAGAAGCUAUUCAAGUUUAUGAACUAUUAUUACUUCAUUAAAAAUUACUACAUCUAUCACAUCCUCUUUCUGUACACAUUUUUUUUAAGGAUAACUUAUACAUACGCAGAAAUUACAAUAUCACAUUUUUUUACCUUUCUGUUGAAUAAAUAUGAAAAUAAUGAGUCGCAAAAGGAAGAGGAGGAGAAUUUUUUUUACUAUUUCACUCACUUGUUCAAUUUUAACAAUAAGAAUGAUGACAAGUUUUUAAACACGAAAUUGUUUGUUGUUGUGUACUUACCAGUGUGCUUAAAAUGCUUCUACACACUUUUCUUCGACUACAUAGCAUAUUAUGUGUACAUUCGCUACUACUUCAAAAGGAUAAAUAACAAUUUUAGGAAAAUUUACUAUUCCUCUGUGUCGUAUGAAAAUGGGGCUACUCAAAUUGGUGAUGGUUUUUUUUUUAAAAAGGACAAAGUUGGACUCAUGCACAGAAUCAAUAAAAGAAAAAAAAACUCAUAUGAUGUGUGUGCGAAGCGUCUAUCUGACAUGUCUCUCUACCAAUGCAGGAAAUAUAUGUUACGAAAAAAAAAGGCCUUUUCCCUAUGGCAGAGGAAACAAAAUUUAAGGACUAACAGAAAAAAACGCAGAAACAGAACCGUAAAAAGGGGUACCUGUAAAGAAGACACAAAGAAGAAACACCCACGCAUUAAAUUUAUUACCUGUAGAAAUAGUUUUAUAAAAAGUAAGCUCCUAAAUAAUGAACCACGGGAUGCUCAGGGUAAUAAGCUGUUCCAUAAUGUGUUUAAGAAUAGGAGGAAUAUUUUCUUUAGAAGGAAACAGAGAAAGAGAAAUGAUCCAGAGGCAGGGGUCCUUUCUUCUAGUAGCUCAACGGAGCAAGGAGCUGAGCGUAAAAAGGAUAAGUGCAUUUUUAACAAGCUCUAUAUUGGCAUGCAGAAGGGGUACAAUUAUGUGGAUAGUCUUCACCAGGGGAGGAAUAUUUCGGAUGGGACUACGGGCGUUAGUGGAACGACAAGCAUCUAUGGUAUUGGCCCAAAUGGAGAAGACGAACAUAUGAGUGACCAUGUACACUACGACACAAGCGUCGUGGAGGUAAAUGCCUUCUGCGCCCCAAACAGCUUGGUAGGAAACGCAAACGAGGAAGACCUUCACUUGCUCAAAUUUAGGUUAGCUAAUAUGGGAGAUACGCAAAACGACACAACACCAAACCAUUUUCAGAAUAGCAAUGCAGAUUACUUGGCGCUGAACGAAUCAACCCCCAUUGGGCAUAACAAUGAGAGCGGGAACUACGAAGAAAUUCGCUUUGAAAAUUUGAGGGAAAAUGUGGUGUGCAUUUCGAAGACGCAUCAUUGUAAUGGUGAUAUGGAGGAUGCUGAAAAGGACCAAAAGAGUGAGGAGGGGGAAAGCCCUCAAGGGAGGGGCGACCAAGUGCUGAUGACCCCCUCGAAUGACCUCACAAAGGGGGACAACCCAAAGGGGGACAACCCAAAGGGGGACAAUCCAAAGGGGGACGGAGGAGAUACCCCAAAUUACGAAGAGAAGAAGAUAAAGAAGUCCUACCGCACCUUGAGAGGGAGCCUAAAAAUGGACUACCUUUUUAAGGACAGCUAUGAAUUAGCAGAAAAUAACAACAUGGGGUCGGGAGAAAAUAACGAUUAUUACUAUUACAACAAAUUUAAAAAUUUUAACUACGGAAAGAAGGACAAUUUGCACAACGUGAGGGAACUCAUAAACAACAAAAUAAAUGCAGAAUAUUAUCACCUAAAAUUGAACAUACUCAUUUUGUCCUGUAUAAUUAUACAGAUCUUUAACUCAUGCAUUUUGAUACUAAUUUCGAACAACUUUAUAAGGAAAAAGGAUUUUUUUUUUCUCGUCACCGACGUUAUUUCAGAAAAUAUAUUUUUCCUGUGUGGUAAAUUUACAAACAUAUACAAAAAAGAAUUCAGCAUUAACGCCAUCUACGUUAUUCAAGUUAUUAGCAAAAUGAUAUUGAGCCUCUCAACCAUUUUUAUUUAUUUCAUAUAUCAUAUUUUUGUAAUACUUUACGAGCAUGUGAAUAUUAUGAUUAUAAACACUUUUAUUAAAACGCUGUCCAUUUUUGUCCUUUCUUUUAUUUUCCUUAAAAAUAAGGACAACUUUUUUAAUUACGAUAAUGAUGCAAAGUUUGCCAGCAUGAAUUUUGAGAAGGAAGCGGGAGCCACAACUGGCAAGGCCGCUACCUGUGAGGAGAGCGACUCUGUUAAGAUAGACAUAAAAGGGGGGGAACUAAGCAAACAGAACGGGGCAGAUAUUGUUAGGAAUGCCCCAUCCGGGGAAGUGCAAACCGGCUGUGCUGUCAAAAAGGAUCCAUCAGAAGUGAGUAACAAUGAUGAUAUACCCAACCAUAGGAGGAAUUUUAAGCAGGGAAUAUUUAGCAACUAUCUGUACAAUGAUAAGUACUAUGGGAGUUAUUUUAACUUUUCGAAGAAUAACUACUAUGGUGAAAGACUUCUUAGUGACGAUAUUGUCUCAAAGGGGUCGUCGAAGGAAAAGGCAAAAUGCGUGAAUCCCUGUUUUGUAAAACUAAAAUAUGUCACAGAAUUUUUAAACCUUUUUAAACUCUUAUCAAGAAUAAAAAGCUACCUUUUUAAGAAGGAUGAAAUGAAGUAUAGCCACAGUUACACACUGCUAACUGUGCAGGAUGCAAAAGGUGAUGAGCAGAAUGUGGAUCCAUUUUUUCGAAACAAAAGAGAAUACAAAAUUAAGAUUCCAAUUCUAGGGAACCUUAAAAAAUUAUUUAAUAUUUCUGAUAACCCUGGUUGCUAUUCGGGUGUGCAAAACUCGGGGAUUACAAAAUAUAACUCCCUAAUUGAGCAGGAAAUGGAAUAUUUACGUAAAAAAAAAAAGAAAAAACUACUGAGCGGUGGGCAAUACAGGGGACAUCUAUAUAACAUAGACAACAUGAACAGCUUAAGCAGCUUAAGAAGCUUAAACAGCGUAAAGCGCGCGAAAAAGAGAAACAUCAUCGUUAGCUAUCCUAUCAAGUUACUACUGAGCAAUUUGAACUUUUCCAACAUUUUUUACAUCUGCUUAUUGUUAAUUAUUCCAACAUUUGAAAGGAUAUUCCUAAAUUAUAAAAUUAAAAAUAUUAAACUAGAUUUACACUGCUACUGCUAUCUCAAUUUUGUGAAUUAUGUGACGGAUCUGAUAGGUCUCUACCUUUACAUUAGUUACUUUAAUGAGGAAUCCUACUCCUCCUCUAUAGUUCUCAGCUCCCUCAUCAACAUAUUCCUGAUGACUUUUCGCUUUUUCUUCUUGCACAACCGGUUUAGCCAGAUAUGGUUGCUGUUCCUGGAAACCAUACUUAAGUCGCUUCACAAGACGUUCUUUUAUAUGCCUAUUUAUAUACUAGUCACGAAGGUGUACAUAAAGAACAUUCACAAUUUGAUGUGCUCCUUCUACUCCAGCAUUUUGGACGCCAGUUCCUUCGCCUCCUACUAUUUUGAAUAUCUUAUCCUGAGCUAUUACAACAUUGACGAUUCAAAGAAUAUCUUCAUCUUUGUUUAUAUUAUCUUCCUGGUGCUGCAUCUGUUAUCGCUUGUCGUUAUUUCGAAGUUGAAGAAGACGUGA